ACGAGAUGGAAAGGAGCUCCAAGCACACCAUCGUGCACUUUCUGCUGCGCGGCAUGCACGCCCGGCGGGUGUAUGACGACGGCGAUGCGCUGGAGAUGCUCGCAGCAGUGCUCUGCUCGCCCGAGUACAUCGCCCACGAUGAUGCCUGCCCGCUUGUGACUGCCGUUCAUCUCCGGAUCAUGGAAGCGCUGCCCAUCUUUCACCGGUGCGUGUCGCACUCGUGGCUCGGCGAGUGUGUGGGCAUGGCCGACGCUCGUGGGUGGACGGCCCUGCAUGUGGCAGCCAGCUCCAAGUCGGCUGCGCAUGCAGCUAUGGUGGCAAGGGCAGAGCCGAGCGGAGAGUACACGAUGUACACCCGCAGCCAGCUCGAUAGCCUGGUCACUACUACCGAGCUCGAGGCCGUUGUGCGGUAUGUGGCGGCGUCGAGCCUUGCGCCUCGGGCGCGGGUGACCGGUGACACGCCGCUGCACAUCGCGCUCGACGCGGAGCGGUACGACGCGGCGCGGGUGCUCCUGGCGCGGGCCAAGGACGAUAGCGGCGGCGUGGAGGCUCAAGCACGGCUGUUGUGUGGUGAGCUCAACAGCGUUGGGCUCUCCGCCCUCGAGCUCGGCGUCCGCCGGGCGGCAGCGUCGGCAGGCAGCACCACGCUGGCAGCGCGGGCCGCGCUGGCUGCCGAGCUCGGGAUCGGUUGCCCUCUGAUAGACUUGGGCGACAGCGAUGUGUGGGCCGACAACGCCGGGUGGCUCAAGGAAGGGCCGAUGGCGAUGGCAAGCGCGCGGAGGCGGAUUCCGUCGUGGCGGCUCGGGUGGUACGCCAAGAGCGCGAUGGACGCAGUCAUGGCACGCCACGGUAGCGACCGGUGUGAUGUGGCCGAGUUUGAUGUCAUUGCUGAUGCGCAGCUGUUGGGCGAUAACGAGGCGUUUCGGGCGCUGGUACUCGCGCGGCGAAUGCCGUUUGUAGUCCGCGGGCUCGUAGCUGAGUCGUGGGCGGAUGCCCAGAUGGAAUCGGCGUUCUCCCGGAAUACACUCCUCGCCACCUUUGGCCGCGAGCGGAUCGAGGUGGCGGACAUGCCGUACGGCGGCGGGUACGGGCGGAACGUGCGCAAGACAACGCUCAAGAGGUACGUUGCCGAGGUGAUGGACGAUGGCGGGAGCAGCCAAGAGUAUGUCUUUCUCGGCGCUCCCUCGCAUCGGCGGCCGGCGAUGCUGGCGGCGGCACGGCUGGAGCGGCCGCAGCUCUUCCGCGACUUUGACGUAGUGCUCGAGCAGUUUGCGCUUGGCCCCGCAGGCUCUGGCGCACAGCCGCACUACCACGGGGCGGCGAUGAACGGGCUCAUUGCUGGGGCCAAGCGAUGGUACUUUAGCUCGUCGGGCGGGUUCUACAACGGUCCGAUGGCUGCAUGGCUUGAAGACGAGGGCCAGGUGUGGCGGACAACGUGUAUGCAGUUUCCGGGCGACGUGGUGUUUGUGCCGAGCCUCUGGGGGCAUGCGGUGGUCAACGUGUUGCCAUCUGUGGCUGUGGCGAUCGAGAUGCUGGUGUGAUGCGGGGUCUUUAACGGCGGCAGGGCCGGUCAGCGGCGCUUGCGCUGGGCAUGCUUCUUCUUGGCGACGCGCUGUGCGCGCUUGCCGGCCUCCUGGGCGGCCGAGACGAUCUUCUCGUACUUGCCCGAGGCCUGGCGGCGAUGACGCUUGUUGAGAUCCUUGCGGUUGAGCUUGAUGUAGGCGUAGGGGUCGGCCUCACCCUUGAGCUUGACGUCACCGCCGGCCUUCUUGGCGCGGUACUUUGCACCCGACUGGACCACGGCGCCGUCGUUGCGCUUGGCGCGCUUGUUGGGCUUGUACAGCUUGCGCGGGCCCGAGCCCUCGACAGCCAUGGCAGCGACGCCUCCGCCGUUGUCAUUGUCAUCGUCGUCUGAUCCGUGGCGUGAGCGACGCUUGCGCGAUGGCUUGGCGGCGUGCUCAUCGUCGGCAUCGUCGUCAUUCUCGGCGACGACAAUGCGGCCGUCCGAGGCGAGCGGGAGGCCGGCCUUGGCCUUGCCGUUACGUGACGAGUGGGCGCCGGUAACAUUGCCUGCGGCGUCGCGCUUGACGAGGUGUGUGGCGGCGGACGGGUCGAGGAAGUCCAUAAACUCGUCGUCGACUUCGCGGA